AUGGUCAAGGCGAUCGUCCUCCCUAGCUGCGUCGUCAUGGCCAUUGGCGGGAUCAUGAUGCGAUGUGGCGGUUCCUCCAUGAUAGGCUACAUGUUCCAUGCAGUUCGCGGAUUGAUGACCCCUUUCGGCCUGCUCAUGGUCCUCCAGACGCCUGUGGUUAGUGGUGCGGAAGGUGGAAACAAGCAAAUUCGAGCCGGCAAGAAAGUGUCCUCCAUUGAGCUCCUCUACCAGAUGAAUUGGGUGAUGCUGCACAUGAUCGGCUUUUUCGCUUUCCUUGGGCCAGCGGUCCUGAUUGAGCUGCCAGUCGCUCUUUACGAGAUCAUCACCGGCGCAGAUGGCCUGGCGUCCUUAGAUGAGGGCAUCAUGGUCAAGCACUACCGCUUUCUUCUGGCGGUGAUGCGUGUGGUGUGCGCGGUUCUCCUGUUGUUCUCCGCGCCCUUUCUCGUCACUUCGAAGACCAAGAACCCGAACACCUUGGCUGCCCUCAAGUGGCGAGCCGAGUUUACGGUCGGUGAGUUCGGAGCAACGCAAAUGUACUUCAACGCUUUGAGCGUCUUCUUCCAACCAGGAGUCGGCCCCUACAGCUGGCCAGAUCUCAUCCUGCUUGGUCUUCUAAGUCUUGAAGCCUUCCGCAUCUUCUUCGUGCACGGGGUCUUCUGGUUGGCCAUCAUGAAUCGCUGGGACAGCAUUGACUGGGCCGCUGAGAUGAAGAGGCGGGUUCCAGCACAAGGUCCCAUCAUGAAAGGCCUGCGGCAACUUACCGGAGAUGAGCUGACCCACAUGCAUGCUGUGCAGGCUGGUAUUCCGGACCUCUCGGAAUGGAUUAUCAAGGCAUCCAAUUACCUGCCUGCCAGCCUUGUGGCGACCGGCUGCAAGUACGACAAGUUCAGGCUGUUGGUUGUCAAGCCUGACAACUACGAGAACUUCAGGGCUAUGGAGUUCCAUGAGCUCAGUGCCGAGGACCUGAACAACUGGAACCACAACCUGGGCCGCGUCAGCCAAGCGCUGGAAUCUGCAGACACCGUGUUCUUCCCUUAUGGCUUGUACAAAAUGGACAUGAUGCACCCCAAGGCCCUGCUGUCCCUGUCCGAUUACAAGUCCGAUGCUUGGGUCUCAGCUUACCUGAUGAAGCCGGCGCCAUGCACAUCAUCCUUGAAUAGCUACGCACCCACACUGUAG